AAAAGAAGAAGAAUAUUACACUGACGCAGACUGACGUCGGUGACCAACCAAACAGGAAAAGUGUGAGUUGAAAGACAGUCACAGCGAAGGCACCAGCGGUCAGGGCAGGAAUAAUCCGCUGAGCCGCUGCAGCCAUCAUGUUGUCAGAUGGAGGCUCUUUCAUGAAGGGGAUGAUAGUGGGUGGCCUCUUCUGCUUGGUGCUGUCACUGCUGGGCAGCUUCAGCCCCGUCACAGAGUCCGGGACGGACGGCAACGACCACCAUCAUCAUCACGUCAAGGCUGCGAGCAAAGACGAGCUCCAGCAACUCUCUGACAGCCGGCUGCAGGAGCUGAACAACCAACUCAAGGUCUACUGCGUUGUCAUGGUGCAGCCCAAAAGCCUCGUCUACUGGGCCACGGCGCUGGACACCUGGACCAAGCACUGUGACAAGGCCGAGUUUUACACCUCAGAGGUCUCCAAGGCGCUGGAGGCCAUAGAUCUGAACGAGAAGGACGACUGGGCCAGGUUGCGUAAAGCUCUGAAGCACGCCUACGAGAACGCCGGGGACAUCCGCUGGUUCUUUGUGGCUCAGCCCAACACCUUCGCCAUCAUCGAGAACCUCAAAUACCUGGUGCUCACCAAAGACCCGGAGCAGCCGUUCUACCUGGGGAAGGCGGUGAAGUCCGGGGAGCUGGAGUACGUCGAGUUGAACAGCGGCAUCGUCCUCAGCUACGAGGCCCUGAAGAGGCUGGUGAAUGUCUUCCAGGACGAGAACAAGUGUCCAGAGAGAGGAGGACAGCUGUGGAAGCUGAGCGACGACAAGCAGCUCGCCGUGUGCCUGAAGUUCACCGGAGUGUUUGCAGAGAACGGAGAGGACAUCCACGGGAAGGGCCUGUUCAACAGCAAGACGGUGGACAGCUUGAUAUCGGAAAGCAUGAAGCAGAACCCCAACAACGUGGUGAAGGGCUGCUGCUCCGACCUGGCCGUCACCUUCAGCGGCCUGUCCCCCAACCAGAUGCAGGUCAUGAUGUUCGGAGUUUACAGACUCCGUCCGUAUGGACACGACUUCCACGACUUAUUGACAUUUUUCCCUCCCAAAGGCUCAGACAAUGACUAGCCCUUCUCGGUCAUUUUGAAGAUUUUGCUUCUGUGAUGGCAAACCUGACUCUAGAUUUUUGCUUAAGAGACUUGAUCCUAGGGGGAGAUCUGUAUAUUUAUAACUUUUCACACUUGACUCAGCCGGUGCCGGAUGUCUGUGGAUCUGAGACUGGAUCAUCUCAAUUUGGAUUUUGGUCCCUGAAGUUUUGUUUCAAUCUUAAAGCAUAUUUUUUGUUGUUGUAAAACAAUAUACUAUAUCUGUGGAUUUCUAUCUGUUAAUGAUCCGAUUUAAUGUUUUAUUGUUGCACCCUUAAAGCUGCAGUAUGUAACUUUUAUACUUUUACAUAUUUGUUAAAAGUAUCUAAAAAAAAAUCUGGAUUCUCCUAGCAGAAAUACACCGCUCAGUCAGAAACAACCAAUCAGAGCCAGGAGGCGGGUCUUAGUGCUGUCAAUCAUCCACAUGUAUGCUGCUUAAUGUUCUAAAGGUGGAAAACAAAUCAUCCUUACAGGGAAACCAUUUAUAUAUUAUAAUCUGUAGCUAUGCUAAGUAGCAUUAGAACUAGUGACAGGCUAUGUUGUGGUGAACCUAGCUUAGCCAAAAUUAAGUGAGUAGGAUUGAGCAUGAUUGACAGCGCUAAGACCCUCCUCCUGGCUCUGAUGGUUGUUUUUGACUAGAAAUUAUUCAUUUUUGCAUCUGUUUCAUGAACUGGUGAGAUCUAGUAAGAAUCAUAUUUUAGUAAAGUUACAUACUGCAGCUUUAAUUGUAUGACAGCUCAGCUCUAAUCAAGCUGCUUAAAUGUUUUGCUUGAUUUUGUUUAUGAAGAAUCGGGUGUUGAAUAUUUUAGGGGGGUUUUUCUUGAUUUUACAUUCGCCCUAUUUUUGUUUGAACAAUAAAAGUCAUAGAAAUCAA